AUGGCUGGCGAACUCGUCCUUUUGACUGGAAGUUCAGGUCACGUCGGGUACCGGACACUGAUCGAGGCGCUGGCCAAAGGCUACAAAGUCCGAGCCGCGGUUCGAUCUGAAAGCAAGAUUGCGCAGAUCAAAGCUGCCAAACCAACUCAGCCAUAUCUCGAGCAGCUGACCUUUACCAUUGUGCCGAAUAUAGAGAAAAAUGGUGCUUUCGACCAGGCCGUGCAGGGUGUCGACUACAUUGUGCACGCUGCCUCUCCUCUGGCAAGACCUACUGAUGACGACGAGGCCAACAUAAUCCAGCCCGCUAUCCGGGGCACACUCAGCAUUCUCUACUCGGCCUUGAAGCAACCAUCCGUGAAGCGGGUAGUCAUCACCUCUUCGAUUGUCGCAGUGAACCCCGACUCGCCAACGGGGCCUUUCACCGCCGACAACGUCGAGCCCGACCCGCACGGACCAUACCAUCACGUCUUCGCAGCAUAUUCUGCCAGCAAGAAGCUCGCUUAUAACCGCACCCGAGAUUUCAUUGCCCGGGAAAAGCCACAAUUCACGGUGGUUCACAUCAUGCCAAGCUUUGUCAUCGGGCCAAAUGAGCUGGCAACUACACCAGACACCGUUCUGUCUGGUUCAAACGCUAUUGCCCUGGGUGUCCUUUUCGGUGCCAAGAACCCCGGCGGAUUGCCAGGUGCCACUGUUCACACGGACGAUGUCGCUUUUCUGCAUAUCGCCGCAUUAGAGCCCAAGGUGCAGGGCAACAGAAACUUCGGCGCCAACUUCGAUGUCAACGGUAUCAAAUGGGAUGAAGCCAUCGAUAUCGUGAAGAAACAUUUCCCGACGGAAGUGGAGAAGGGAGUGUUUCCUCUUGGGGGAAGCCAAACGUCGCUGCCUUUUCCAUUCGACGCGAGUGAGAGUGAGAAAUUCUUUGGUUUCAAGUUCAAGGAUUUCGAGACGCAGAUUGUGGAUAUCGCGGGGUAUUAUGCGAAGGUGGCUGCCGGCAAAGUAUGA